AGCGCAUUGUCAACUUCGUUUGUUUAGCCCGAGGGCACCAUGAUUCAAAACAAACCAGUUAGUAAACAAUAGGUUUUGUGGUUGUGGCUUUUGUGACAGUGUUCGGUGUAUAUACGCGCGUGGACGUGACAUCUUAAGAAUACAGUUUCAGGCCGCGGUGGCUGCUGUAGAGGGCCGAAGAGUUGGGCGCCGCGUCCUGCCAUUACUCCAGGAGAAUGUCUGUUCCACGAGUCUCCCUGUGGGAGGUGGUAGAAGCUCGAGGAGGCUCUUUGACUGAAAAUGAAAUCUGGGCUCUCCUGGCUGCUGCUGUCACCACAAUCCAGGAUACAACGCUGUCAGGAGAAGGACUUGUGGGCGUCAUAACACCGGAAGGUCUCGUCCUUCGAAGAUGUGGGCGUGUCGAUUUGGUUACGACUCCAGCCCACUCCCCUGCCCACCCACAUGGGAACUACAUGCCUCCGGAAGCUUUCUGCAGCACGAGGGAACAGAAUCACGAAGGGAUAUUAGUGUUUUCGUUAGGCCGCACUCUAUGGACUGUUACUGAACAUGGCUCUGCAACAACUUCUUCAAGAAGUUCCGAUGGUUGUGCUAAUCCCAUAUCUUCAAGUCUGAGGUCUACUUUGGCUGCCAUGACACAUAAUGUACCUGCUCAUCGACUAUCGCUAAUAGAUAUAUUUCAGCUUCUUGUUGAAAGACUAGACGGCCGUGAUCGACUGAAUUAUACAGCGACAAUUCGAUCUCUGUACGAAGAAGUGUUAGGCCCAUCGCUGCGCUCACCUCAACCUCAAGAUCACUUCACACGCGAAAGGUCAUACUCCGCAUUGGACGCCAAGUCUUCCUCGGCCAAGCGGUUGUCUAGAAGUCCCACUUGGAGCACAAGAAAAGCAACCAGUUCGGAGAACUUGCACCAUCCGCAGCUUUCUUUCGAAUUGCGGCCAUUCGAACCAAUUGAUCCUGUUGUCAUAGAUCCAGUGCCAUCUUCUCAAUCCUCUUUUAACAGGCCACAAAGCUAUACUGUUAAUCAGUCGGCCAACACAGAAGAUAUGCCUAUGUCUGUGUCGUCAUCUAACAGUACUAGCGGAAGGGGUUUUGAUUGCCACCAAAGUCUAUGGAAAUCGAAGCUACAUUUUCGAUCCGUUGAUUCACUUUCUUUGAAGGAAAAUUUUCACCCAAAUGGCUGUGAGUCUAGACGAUUGUCCUUUCUUGGAAGAGGCAUGAACCCAAUUGAAGAACUGUCACCCCAAAAGUCUGUACCACUUUAUGGAUCACAGGAGAUAAGAUCAGCAACUGUUAAUUCCCAGUGCCCUGAAUCACGCACUUCGGUGACUGUUAGCAGAAGUGCAACUGUGGCUGGUGUUGUGAAGAUUGAAAUUUCAGGCUUUGUACAAGCAUUUAGAGAGCUUUUAUGGAAUAUAACCAAAGGUGUCAUUUAUUGUCUGCUUGGUGACACUGGAAUUCACAUCAACAGAGAAAAUCUUCCCUAUAUCAAUAGCAACACUGAAGUUGAAUUAAAUCAAAAUCAAAAUGAGGAAGUGCCAUCAAAAAGACGAAUGGUUGUUCGCACACCCUCACGCUUGUACAGAUUUGCCAGUAAUUCCUUAAAUGUUGUUAAAGGUAAAUCAGGUUUACCUUUAAUAAUUGGGCCUGAGUUUGUGGUGCGGAGCAAAGAACCUGUCACUCAUUUGUCAUUGGUAAAUUCGUCUCAGGUGCAGAGAGGUGUGGUGAAGCGUGUAACAGUGAUCCUUGUGACUGGGAGACGUAUUGAACUUACCUGUGAUCCAGCAGUAGUCAGGGUCAGCCAUGUCCUGCAGGCUGUUUUAGAGGAGGAGAAGUUGCCAUUACCUCAUCUCCUGGGCCUUGCAGUGUUGGGUAGUGGAGAAUUUCAUUUUGUGGCACCCCAGACAAAAUUGCAUAAGGUUGCUCCUCCUGGAUGGAAGGAACGUCAUCCUACCAAAGAUGGUCUUAUACAAGACAAUUUUACUUUACAUCUAAGAAUUAUAUAUUACUUGAAGUUUAAUAAUGUGAAAGAGAUGGAUGGAGCCUCUAGACAACUUUUAUUUCUCCAACUGCGCCAUGACAUGUUGGAGGGUCGUUUACCUGUCUCUUCUAAUGUACUUAUGCAGUUAGCAGCAUUAGCCCUUCAAGCAGAAUUUGGAGACCAAAGAAAACAGGAAGGUGGUUAUUUUCUUCCUGAACACUAUGUUCCUGAGUCACUUCUGCGUGGAGGACAAGCAAGUAAAAUAUCUGACGACCUUCAAAAGCUGCACAAGGAACUAAGCAGCCAUCAUUAUACACUUGCCCAGACACAGUUUAUUAAUAUCAUACAGGAUACUUUACAUUAUGGAACUCACUUUUAUCAUGUAUCACAAGACAAGGGUCGACAGCAGUGUUGGCUGGGCAUUGGGCGUGAUGGCGUUGUAGUUGUAGGAGAUGGACCACCAUCUCCUGAGACACUAAGCUAUGCUGCCUUGCAUCCGUGGUCAUCCGUUAAGCGGUUGUCAUAUGCUUCUCACAGAUUAACCAUAGCAGUACGAGGUCCAGAUAGAACUCUGAAAAUCAAAUUUAAUUUACAGGAAAAUAGGAGUCGACAUGUGUUUUAUUUGGCUACUGUUCAUCAGAGUUUCCAUCGAGAUGUAUCCACAACAACAAAUUUAAAUCCUGACAGUCAUCACUCAGGAAUCACUCAGUUUAGUGAAGAAUCUACUGUUGACAAUCAGUACCACACACCAAGUAGUACAGCCUCUGUUACUACCACUGCUCGAACUAGUCUUUCAUCUGCAGGAACUGGGGAUGAACCUCACUCCUGUGGAAAUCCAGAAGGUGUUGUAGUCCCUGGUGAAACACACGUUUGUGAAAAAUUAGUCAAUGGCCCAACUAUACUGAAACCUAAAAAUAUUGCAGCAUCUGUUGACAAUAAGCCUUCAGAUGUUUUGUCAAGGGCUAAUUUUCUUGCUGAUAUCCUCUGGCGAGGAGGUGGUGAUGAAUCAGAUGAAGUGUUCUCUAUUGAAAACUUGGAAAAUGAACAUCAGUUCCACCUACAGACUCAGCAACACAGCCUGCAGGAAGAAGAAAAAUUACCUUUUCCUCGAGUCUUCCACCAGAGAUCUAAGAGCAACAUAGAAGAUAGUAGUUUGGGAAUUAAAGGGGCUUCUGGAAUCAGGCCGGAGCUGUCUAGGGAAUUUGGUAGUGACGAGUCUUUGCUUAAAUCUCCCAAAAAGGGGACUACAGUAAGGAUGGGUACUCGGGUAUCAGCAGCAGCUCUACAGAAGCAUAGGAUGCGUAGUCUGGAGGGCCUGGUCAAACUUCCUAGUCUAGAAGAACUUAGUACUUCCCCUACUGCUAUUGUAGUUGAGCCUUCCAUCCGGAGCGUGGUUGUGGAGGAGAGCGUGAGUGAGUCGUUGGUCGAAAGGUUUUCCAAAUGCCCGGCAGCGUCAGGUCCCGAGCGCCGUCUGUGUACGGUGACGCUGCAGAAGAAAGAUGGUUCCCUGGGAGUCAUGAUUGCUGAGGGCAUCGACCAUGGUAUAUAUAUUCAAGCCAUAUCGCCUGGAGGACCAGCCGACGAACAGGGUCUCCUCAAACCCGGUGACAGAAUAGUCGGGAUUAACGGCAGGUCGGUCGAAAACCUCCCUUACAUCGGGGCUGUCGACCUCCUGAGACAAAUCGACACCGAGGUCACCUUACUUGUGUCGCAGCCUGUCACCUCGUCCCCGUCCCCUGGUGGCACGCCCGCCGAGGCCUCCUCGUCCGCUUCCUCAAGAGACGCCAGGGGCCAACAACAGCGACCUCCUGAGGGCACCACCGAUGACAAUAACGCAGCAGGGCAUGGCGGGGGCUGCGCCGGUGUGAAUGAUUGCGAUGGAAAAGGAGAAAAAGGCUAUGCGAAAGUGCAGGCUGUUGGAGGCGCUCGUGCUUUCAUACGUGAAGUCCGAUCCGGUCCCGUCACAGUCAUCACUGUCAACACUGACCCGUCUGCCGCCACCCAAGCCACUUCCGUCUCGACGCACAGCACACCAACCCACACAGGAAAUCUGAAACAGGUUCUACACUUCUCUGGUAUAGUUUUCUAUCAGCCUAUGCAUCAGUAUAUGCCCAUCAUAUCAUCUGAUAUAAAGAGUCAGCCACCUACACCAUCUCCACGACCAAGUUUAUCUUCCUCCAGCAGCAGUGCAACUGCUCCUUCUGAGUCUUCAAAUUUGAGCUCAAAGCUCAGUCAGUCAGUUCAACGAACUCGAUCUCUGUACCACGCUUCUUUAGUAUCGGUACAAAAUGGUAGUUUCGACUUUUUAUCUGUGGAGUCUGGUGAAGUAAUGGGAUCUCACAACCAGCAAGCAACAGCACCAGCUUUAUCCAAAGAUACUAAAGUUUUUAAUAUUAAUACCCCAUGUACCACCGAUGAUGAUCGAUGGAUUGUUAAGGAAAACGAGAAUAAAAAUAAACCUUAUAAACAAUACCAGGCAGUGUUUGAUGUAGAGCCCUCUUGUAAAGAGACACUAAACCAAGGGGAACAUUGUACGAAGACUACCAGUAAAAGCAUGAUUACUGAUGAGGCCAGUUGUAAGAAUCCUUAUAGUUUAGAUGACCUGAUCUGCCCAAGGACGGAAAAGACAGCCAUUGUAAAUAAUCUAGUCUCUAAUAGUUUAAGUGAACAUACUAACAAUAGCCUUAGUAAAAAAGUGCAUGCAUUAACUGAUUAUGGUACAAAAAGACUAACCAGAACUAAUAGUGCAAGUGAACUCACUAGAUGUAGUGUCAGUAAUGAUAGUAAGUGCCUUCAGGAAAUUAAUAAAAGCCUUUGGAAAAAAAUGAAGAAAUCAGAGGUAAGUGAGGUAUCAGAAGUGUCCAAGUCCUCAAGCCAUUCUUCUUUGGUUCCAUGUCAGGGAUCAUCAGAAUGCCUUGAGCAGUGCCCAAAGCAAUCUGUUGCUUUUGAUAACUUACCCAGAGAUACAAUGCUUGAUCGCGUUCUAAGGUGUUUUGAGCCCUUUGGUGUUCUAAAGCCUCAAGACACCCUGGUAUCACGAGUUUCAAAUUUAGAGACAGCUAAAGAUCCACCCAUUAGGCAAUACCCUACAGAUAAAACCUCAACAGAAUAUUGGGAUAAGCACCAUGAGGGGCCAGAUAACUGGAAACCUGAUCUGUUCUUUAAAGAUUUCUCUUUAGAGGAGCAGCAGUUUCCUGAUUCAGAACAUGGUAGCAUCAGCUCAGCUGCUGAUCAAUGCAGAUUAUUGUCUGAUUUCUCAGUGUCAUCAUUAGACCAUGAAAUAUCACCAGUUGUUUCACAGAUGGUGUCUUGCACAUCCCCAGAUAUUCACACUGCUCGAUAUGUGGCUGAAAUUCCAUCACCAGUAGAUAGUGAAGAAAAUUUCAUUAUAACUCCUCCAGAAGAGUUUCAAGGGACAGAUACUUUGGAGCUAUUACCCAAGCAGCAUUCACAUCUAGAUAUGGAAUGUAUUGAAAAAGAAAAGAAAGUUGAUAUACCUCACAGUAAGGAAACAGAGAAGCCAUUAGAGGAAGAAUCACUCCAGGACUUGAAGCCAAUUAAUGAUUCAGCAGAAGAAAGAGAUCCCAAGCCUCCUGAUAUCAUAGAAACGACAGGCAAGUUCCGUCUCAUUACUGAAAGUGAGUAUCUCAGAGCUGUGGAAUAUAAAGAAGAUACUAGUAUAUCCCUAGAUGACAGGGUAGAAAGUCACAGUAAUACACCUCCAGAAUGCUCUUUAAGUAAUCUAGAACAUCCGUUAAGAGCUGCAUAUUUAAGGAAGCUGUUAUUAGAAAAUCAAGAUGCAGAGGAUUCAUCUUCACAAAGUCCAGGGAUUGAAGAGGAUAUUUGUAUCGAUACGAAGGAAAGCACCCUUGUGGAAAAUGAAGCUUCUUUAAUAAAAAGCUUCAGUAUAACUACCAAGAAACAUAAAGAUGGAAAGUUAUGGAAUAAUGAUAUUGUACCAAAAAGUGAAGGAAAGACUGAAAGUGUAGCAAUGACAGAUUAUAUGAAUUUCAGUGAUAGUACAGAGUAUGAUGAAAAAUCAGUAAAUGUGCAUAAAUUGUUAGAGCCCUUUACUCCGAAAGACUUGAGAUUAGAAUAUCAGAAUGUACCUAAUAAAGGAGAAAUGACAUCGAAUCUCCCAGUUCAAAAUAAACCUGCUGGAGGACUGUCAGACAUGAGAGCAUUAAGUGCCACAAGUAGCGGCAGUUCAGGUACUCCUCCACCUGUGGACUUUGCUACCCACCCUCUAUCUCUCAGUGACUUACAUACGAAAGAGACCUGUUCAAAACAGGUAGAAGUAAAUGCCGAUAUGUCUGAAUUAGGUGAUAGGAGUGUAACAUUAAAUAGUAGUAAUGAUUGCCUCACUUCAAAAGAUAAAUGUUCACAGUUACAUCGAAUGUAUCCAGAAAUCGAUAGCGAUAGUGAAGAAGAGAAUGGAACUCCGAAAGCAAACGAAAAAGGAAAUGCAGACUGCUCAAAUGAAUCGGAAGAGAGUGAAGAAGUCGAGCUGUUCAUAAACAAUCCUGAGUCCAUGGUUAUCUCGCAGAUUAAUCUCCAGCCAGAACCAAAUACUUAUGAGGCUCUACUUCUCGAAUUGGAAAGUAAGAAAUUUUCUCUGCGAAGGGUGGAUAGUUCGAGACUCAAAGAACCAGAUGACACUGAUAAGGAGCGCAGUCCAUCAUCACAGGCUUCACCAACACCAUCGACUGAUGGGUGGGGUAUUGGAGCAAAAAAUCUGGUUUCUGAUGAAAUUUUAAGUUUAGAUGGCGAGGAUUUUGCCAGUUAUUUAGAAGAAGUUGUCAAGGAUGUAGAGACUCAACCAUGGGAAUCGGAGGAGGCAGAAAAUUUUGAAUUUCUGAGGGGAGAACAAAUACCUGACGAUUAUCAAGACAAGGAAUGUAAGGAAGAUGAGUCGUACCAUCAAGCUCUGGAUGGUGCUGACUUAAAUUCAUGUUCAGAGGCAGCAUCUAAGUCAACUAACCAUUCCAGGGAAGAAACGUUACAUGAUAAAAUAACAGAGGCUGCUGCCUCUCUGAAGACUACGAGACCAUUCUUCCUACCAAAAGAAGAACCAUCUGUUACUCAGAAAGUCAGUAAAGAUCCGCCAUUCUUUCAAGUUAAGCGGGGCUUUGAAACCUUCUUUACAAGUGUUUGCAUCGAUGUUAGCGACCCAAAAGAGAGGAGCUUGUGCUCGGAUAAAGCAGCUGCUGUUAAUACUGGCCAUGCAAAGAAAACAUUUUGCGGCUGGGAGUCAUAUGAGGAAAUUAGUACUGAUGCUGAGUUCCAGGGACGAAAGACGAAUCAAGUCUAUCACCACUCGGGUGGGAAGGACACACCCAUCACCAAGUAUAAAAAUUCCCCUCAUAUCGUGACGUUGAAAGUCAAGUAUGAUAAAAGUGACGAAGUUUGUAAAAGAUUAGACGUCAUACCAGAACGGUUUGAGGAUAUCCCUCUCCGCUGCGCUGAAAGGGACAACCCUGCAAUCCCGUUCGAGGACUCUCCGCCCGAGGAUGACCCUGCUGGAUCGCAGUCGAGGGGCCAUUACCCAUCGUCAUGUAUGAUGUACGAUGGUGCUAGUGAUUCAUCAUCCUCAUCUCCCACCGCCGAGUCACCAGAGCUAUCUUGGUCCGAAAAAAAAGGAGAAACAGAGUAUCAAUUCUCCACAACGCCUGAGAACUCACAGAAAACGGAACUCGUCUUGUCUAAAGGGGAAACUAAACACAAAGGAAUUGUGCGCUGUGCUGAAAUGAAGAGCAGUUUCGAUGAAAACACUUCUGUGGAUGUAAGCAAUGGGAAACGAAGUUGUGUCUUGGUUAGUUCGAAAAUUAAGUAUGGGAAUCUCAAUGAUAACGGGGAAGCGCAACAUAAAGACCCUUCUUCUAAAUAUCGUGUCACAAAUAAUAAGAAAGAGGAGGGCGAAGAUUAUUUGGGACCAGACUUACAAUCAGUAGAGGCAGCCAGGACUCGCAACGUCGUGGGAACAUUCAACUUCUUAGAAAGAGGAAGUCCUGAUAACCUUUACGUAAAAAACUCAGACGAGCAGCCUGAUAGUUUUGGUGACUCUUUCGUGAGUGUCAACGAAGGCAUUACAUCUCUCGGUACUUUUAAUUUCGUGGGACGACUUGAUUCAGCCCCAAAGGCUUCCAUAGUGAAUAAUCGACCUGCCGAGGAGGAGGCGCCUUCAUUAAGCGAUUCCCUUAUCAGUUUAGAAGACGGAAAGCACUUGCUGGGGGUGUUCGAUUUUACCAAAUCUUCAAGUAAUAAGCUCCCACUUCUUGUUAGGGGGUCGGAAGAACCGGCUAAUGUCAGCGGAGGACAGCUAUCAAAGAAAUCCGAGACAGACGGAUUAACCGAUUUAUGCGAAGGUAAUACAUUAGCUGUUAUCAGCCAGAGACAUGUAAGUCAUCGAAGUGAAAGUGAGGACAUUGAAGGUUUACAUGCGAGCCGAGAACCUACUUCUGAAAAGACAUUCAGUAAAGAAGAAAAUGACGUUCAAGGUGACCAAACACCGAUAUUCGAUAUCAACUGCCUCUCUCGACGCGAAACUGGCGUCAAACCGGAAGACUUCGAGUCAAUAGAGAUCAUCAGUGCGAAAUCUCUCAACAAGGAAGAAGGAAAAGAGCCAAUUACCGACUCCCUCUGUGCAUCAACCAGCGAAGAGGACCUGUCAUCCACGACGGGUGACCGCCAUCAGAUUUCUGACUUGGUCAUCGAUUCUGAUCAAGGUGAGCGGGUGGUUGAAGUCUAUGGAGGGGUGGCAGCACACGCCCACGCUGCUGCGAACGCCCAUACAAUCCAGCCAGUGAGUGGAGGUGGGCGGAGCGGCAAUGGUGACCUUUUGCGGCCUCAGCCUGUUGACCCAGCCCACUUGACCUCGCUUGACCUGGAGAGUGACAAUCACGCCCACGAGAUGCUGGUCACAGACGCCCCUCAUCCCGCCCAUUCGAGGCACCCACAUGACCUCAACCACAACAACCCAGUCUUCAGCCAGAAGCCUUCAGGUAGACAUGAGGAGCGGCAUCACGCCAGCGGGCGGGCAGCUAAGUACAUGGUGAGCGACACCAGCAACCUGGGGGGAGGUCUUGACAACUUUGCUUUCGACAACGAAAUCAUCGGUCAGGACAAUUACGGCUAUGACCCCGGGUACAGCUCGGAGAGGUCACCCGAAGAGGAGGAGGGGCCCCCUCUCUAUUACAGGAAAGCCCUGAAGGAACGGCAGAACCGUGCCCUUGGAAGCAGCGGGUCCGGCCACGACAGGCGCUCUCUGAAGGUCGGUCCUGGCGAAAUCAUCACCACUAAGGAAUUGAUGAAGCUCUUCCCUUUCAUUUCCGAAGGUACACUAUUCGAGGUGACAGUCAUUAAAAAUCUGCGAGGGCUGGGCUUGGCCUUGACCGGGGGCAUCGAGUGUGACGUACCCUUCGCAGGCCUCGUCCGCAUCAAGAAGCUUUAUCCUCAGACACCAGCUUGGCUUUGUGGGCAGCUUCAGGUUGGCGAUAUCAUCCUUCAGGCCAAUAAUCACCAGCUUACUGGCCUCUCCAGUCAUGAGGCCCUUGAACUUCUGCGCACUUGUGGACAGGAAGUAAGCUUAGAGGUGUGCCGUCCACCCGAGGGCGCCCUUGGCGAUGGAGAAGAUACUCCCGAUGGUUGCUCAGGCCGAGUGAUUGUAACCACAAGCCUGACUGCUCCCAACACUAGUCAUAAUUAUCUCUCGCCGUCUCCGUCUUUCUCAACUUGUGGGGAGUUUGAGGUGGAAUUAACCAAAGUUGCUGGGUCAUUAGGCUUUACGCUACGUAAACAGGACAACAGUAUUUUGGGACAUACCAUUCGGUCCUUAGUGAAAGAGCCAGCAAUCUCUGAUGGCAGACUGCGUCCUGGUGAUAAAAUAAUCUCUGUGAACAAUACAGAUAUGUGCAGCUUAAGCCAUGAAGAAGCAAUUGCUUUCUUACGUACUUGUCCUGAAACUGUCACUCUAAAAUUGUACAGGGAUGCUAUGCAGACCCCAAUCUCUCCAGUUUCUCCAACUGAACCUGAAAUUAUGGUCAAACCCAAAGCCCUUCGCAAAGAGGCUCGUGAUAUGUUGUCUGAUCUUGCCUUCAGGAAACAGUCUCCCUGUAAUUCUCCAAGCCUGGCUGGUGCCACAAGUUCUCCUGGAACCCCAAGGAGAAGACGCCUUCAGAAGACUCCAAGCCCCGAUAUCAAAAGUGUAGUAGUAGAUAGAUGGGACUCAUUGGUCAGGAGAACAGAAGAAUCUCUGCCUGGCAGCCCAACUUUAGAAAGUAAGAUCUCCCUGAAUAGUAUAAGAGAAACAGACCACGAGGCCUCGCCAUUUGGCGACAGCCAGACUGACGACUCUGCUUCCACCCUGCGUUCAAGAAAUUCCUCCUCUGUAUCAUCGUGCUCACUCACCCCUUCCAUCUCCGAGUCAUCCAAACCGAAGAGGCCAAGUUUCCUGGACCUGAGUAGUGGUCGCAGCUGUCCUCGCAAAACCCAGUUUACUCCUCCACAUGAAGUUGACCAGUCAUUCCCGUCUCCUUUAGGAGCUCAGUACCCAUCAGCAGAUUCCAUUGAUUCAGCGCCACAGCUCACAUCAACUCACAGUGAUACCCCAGCAUUCUCACAUCUUCAACAAGGUUACCACAGUGUAAACUUGGGGGCCCUCCACCCUCACGAAGACUCCAGGCUCACAAAUACGACCUCUGAUCAUAAUUUAAGCAGCUACGAUGCAGAUGGGCCCACAAACAAUGGUCUCCUGAAGUGGAAGGGGAUCGUUUUCACACCAGAGGAGGAAGACUCGAACACGGAAGAAUCUCUCAGAGAUGAUGGGUCUCCAAAUUCACAAAGGUCACAUAAACCAAAGGUGGUGACCAUAGAGCUCAACAGAGGGUGGAACAGUCGGCUGGGUUUCUCCUUACAGCCUAAGGGAGAAAGAACCGCCAUCACAGCCAUCUAUGCUGAUAGUGUUGCAGCUAAAGAUGGCAGACUCAGAAUAGGAGAUAUUGUUGUGAAGGUUAAUGACGUUGACGUUGUUGGCUGGGACUGUGAAUCUGUCAUAGAUCUGCUGAGGAAAACAAGAGGGAAAAUAUCCUUAUCUGUUAUACAGCAUCCUUGUUGAUGAACAAUUUCUUCUCCAUUCAAGCUAUGAGAUUUUGUCUACUCUUCCUUGUAAUCUCAUCCAGGGCAGCUUGGGUAUAUAUACACGAGAUCAAGUCAAAAGUGAGUGUAGUUAGAUAGUAAAAACAAGUGAUCACUAUUACUACUGCUACUACUUCUACUAUUACUACUACUACUACUACUACAACAUACCUCGUCAAGAUCGAUUUUUGCUCUACGUAGCCCACGACAGAAGUCCAGAUUAUUUGUUCAAGAUUUUGUUCUCCUGAGGCAGUUCCAGUCGUCCUUUCAUAUUCUACUCUGUAGACGCUUGAACCUGGAGACUCUGUGACUUGAACAUUGAUCAGAGCCUUAUGUGAUAACUAUCUAUCCCUUGGUGAAUAGUAACACGAAGUCGAGUUUUGGGUGUAUGCUAUUUAUUAUAUAGUGAACCUUACUGAGCUUGUAUGCCGUGUAAUGUAAUUAUUAGCUGUUGCUAUAUUGCACUCUUUCCCUAGUGUACUUCCGAGAAGAGAGGAGAGCUUUCGAAAGAGGGGAAAUUUUUGAGUACAUUAACAAGAACCGCGUUGUUGUCUUUUUUGUUUGGACGUUGAUAUUUAACGUUUAUUUUGCCUUAGUUGAAAAGUGAUCCCAAGAGGACGGAGACGAAUGGAGCACAGAUUCUGAAGAGAGUGUUUGAGCCCUGUACACCUCUGUGCAAUAUGAAGCUAUUAGUGCCAAAGAUACAAGUUUUGUAACCAUGUUCGAUGAUCAUAUUGUAAGUGUGUACUGAAUAUAUAUUUGUAUACUGUACAUAAAUCAUUUGCAUAGUAAUAUUUAUAUAUUCAGUAUAUAUGUGUAUAUACUGUAUGUAUAUGCUCACAUACACACCUGGGUUAAUUAAAAUAGGCUAAUGCAUCGUAACUAAUGGAGUUUGCAUCGUUCGGAUAUCCUAACAGAGCUUGCAACAUUUAUAUCCAUGAUAUAGCCACUGCAUGUGCCAUUGAUUCUGGAUGAAUCGUCUAAAUAAAUGGAAAAAAGAUUGAACAUUCCAGCAUGUAUAUUUUCUUUUAUUUUUAUGAAGUUUUCCAUAUCCUCCUCAGGAGGACUGGAAACUCAGAUUAUUUUAUCUUUUUUGUCUUUCAUGUCUAAACCCUUCUUUAAGGAAAAAAAGGAUGUACUGAAUGUUUAGAUGGAGUGCUUUUUGGGGAUCUUUUCUUCUUCCUGAGUUAUACAAGAGAUCUGGUCCUCGAAAGUGGAAUACCGUUCAGUUUUUAUGCCCUGGCUACCAAGUCUUUUCUUUUAGAACAAGAGGAAAAAGAAACCAUCCAUUCUAGGAAGGGCGGAGAUAACUUAAUGAGAAGCUAUAAAAAUGUAUUUUAGGACUGUCAUAAAAUUGUAUAUAAAUAUAUCUAUAAAUAAUUAUAUUUCAUGUAUUAUA